ACAGAGUUCAGUCCACAACAGACGGAUCCGACUGGAUUGUCUUUGAAUGGCCAAGGAACUGGCAGUGAUGAUCACCGCUGGGUGUGGGUGACAGCUUCAGGGUGGGAGCUUUAAGCCGGGCAAGCUGCCCCCAUCUCCAGCCUCCUUGCAGGGAACCUCUCCCUCCACCACCACCUCCAAAGCCCCACAUUGCACUUGUCGAGGACUCCCCAGGCACCAGCUCUCAGGCACCACGAGGCUUGCUGUGCCCCGGGCUCCUGCUGCCUGCAGAAGGCACCCUGAAGCGGAGGCGACCACUAGCACUAGACUCCAGCGGAAGACAGGACGCUGUCUCUGCACAAGCGACUGCUGUGGGGUCUCUUCCUCGGAAUCGCGGCAUCGAAACGUCCACUGCGCCGCAUCCGGACCAAGGAUCCAAGAUGGCAUGUUGACUCCCCCCAAGGAUGUGAGGAGGGGUGCUAGGCUCACUGACCCCAUGAUAGCAGAGGAUCUGGACACCCAGCUUGAAGCACUUAGACCACCCACGACUCCCUCAGUACCACUUCACCUGUGGGCAUCACCAUGGCAGCCCAGAGUGGAAACACUAGUUUUGCACCCAACUUCAAUUCACCCCAAGACCAUGCCUCCUCCCUCCCCUUCAACUUUAGUUAUGGUGACUAUGACCUCCCUCUGGAUGAGGAUGAGGACAUGACCAAGACCAGGACCUUCUUUGCAGCGAAGAUUGUCAUUGGCGUGGCACUGGCAGGUAUCAUGCUGGUCUGUGGCAUUGGCAACUUUGUCUUUAUUGCUGCCCUUGCCCGCUAUAAGAAGCUGCGCAACCUCACCAACCUGCUCAUUGCUAACCUGGCCAUCUCUGACUUCCUGGUGGCCAUCAUCUGCUGCCCCUUCGAGAUGGACUACUAUGUGGUGCGCCAGCUCUCCUGGGAGCACGGCCACAUACUCUGUGCCUCCGUCAACUACCUGCGCACCGUCUCACUCUACGUCUCCACCAAUGCCCUGUUGGCCAUCGCCAUCGACAGGUAUCUUGCUAUCGUUCACCCCUUGAAACCGCGGAUGAAUUAUCAAACAGCCUCCUUCCUAAUCGCGUUAGUCUGGAUGGUGUCCAUUCUCAUCGCCAUCCCAUCGGCCUACUUUGCAACAGAAACUGUUCUCUUUAUUGUCAAGAGCCAGGAAAAGAUUUUCUGUGGCCAGAUCUGGCCAGUGGACCAGCAGCUCUACUAUAAGUCCUAUUUCCUCUUCAUUUUUGGCAUCGAGUUUGUGGGUCCUGUGGUCACCAUGACCCUGUGCUAUGCCAGGAUUUCCCGGGAGCUCUGGUUCAAGACAGUCCCUGGCUUCCAAACGGAACAGAUCCGGAAGCGGCUGCGCUGCCGCCGGAAGACGGUCCUGGUUCUCAUGUGCAUCCUCACUGCCUACGUGCUGUGCUGGGCGCCCUUCUACGGCUUCACCAUCGUGCGUGACUUCUUCCCCGCCGUGUUUGUGAAGGAGAAGCACUACCUCACAGCUUUCUAUGUCGUCGAGUGCAUCGCCAUGAGCAACAGCAUGAUCAACACUGUGUGCUUUGUGACCGUCAAGAACAACACCAUGAAGUACUUCAAGAAGAUGCUGCUGCUCCACUGGCGUCCCACCCACCAUGGGAGCAAGACCAGUGCUGACCUCGACCUCAAAACCAGCGGCAUGCCGGCCACUGAAGAGGUGGACUGUAUCAGGCUGAAGUGACCUGCAGGCGUUUCACAAUUGAAAACCCAGAAGCAACACACACCAUCAGCCACACUCACAGGCUGCAUGGCGAAAGGACAACCGUGUUCACACUUCACUGUCCUCAAGGAACUGAACUUUAACAGACCUAACGUGCAGAGAGACUGAACAUGAGCAGCCGCAGCUGAUGUUUACAGAUAUCUGCUUCACACCUACCGUGUGCAGAAUCACAACAAUGAGACUAGACACAAGUUACUACAGUCGACAUUCACUGAAUGUCUGCUGUGUGCACAACCAAGCCAAUGAGAUUACAUAAGGACAACAAGAGCUGACAUUUACUGAUAUCUGCUGAACACCUACUGUGUGCAUAGCCACAACAAUGAGACUACAUACAAGUAACAGCAACUGACAUUCACUGAAUACCUACUGUGUGCACAACCACACCAAUGAGGUUAGAUAUGGGUAACUAGAGCUGAUAUUUUCUGUUAUCUGCUCAAUAUCUACUGUGUGCACAGCCACACCAAUGACAUUACAUCAAGUAACAGCAACUGACAUGCAGUGAAUGCCUACUGUGUGCACAACAACACCAAUGAGAUUAGACAAGGGCGACUAGAGUUGACAUUUACUGAUAUCUGCUCAAUACCCACUAUGUGCAAAAACACACGCACACAUCCACACACACACACACAAAAAAAGCAGAAGCUACUGGAGUCAACAAGCCAUAUCCAGGACAUAUAGAUGGAAAGGCAGAGGCCACAAGUGGUUAUCUGGACUCACCCUCUAUCUUCCCUCGAGCUAUAUUCCACCAGUGUAAGAAUAUCAAAAGGCUGUGUGUCUUAGGCUGGGUUCUCUAGAGAAGCAUCGCGCAUGAACCUUAUGUAGAGAGAGAGAGAGAAAGAUUUACCUCAAGGAAAUGGAUCACACAGUCGUACAGGAUGGCAAGUCCCAAGUCCAUGGGUCAGGAGUCAGGCUAGAGGCUUCUCCUGACUCACAUGGCUGCAGGGGCUUGACAAGCCCAAGAUUGGUAGGUAGGUCAGAAGGCAGGCUGAUGGCUCACAGGCUGUGGAGGCCAAGGAAUCCCAAGAUCAGUAGGCAAUACAGCAGGUCACUUGCUCAAGUCCCAUGAACUGGAGGUCAGAUGAUGAUGAGCCAGAUGCAGGAUCCAGAGCAAGCAAAAGCCAGUGAGCUUUGGCAGAACGUCCGUAUAUAUUGGAUGCAGACCACACCCACGAGGAAACUCCUCUUACAAUUGAUCGAUCACAUCAGAUCACAUCAUGGAGGUGACUACAUUAUAUCUAAAAUGGAGGAUAACUACAUCAUUACAUAACCACCAAAUUGCGUCAUUACAUAACUGCCAAACUAUACCAUUAUAUAACUGCCAAACCACUGAGAAUCAUGGACCAGCCAAGUUGACACGCAACCUUAACCAUCACACUCUGGAAAUAAGGCACUUAGACAUGAUGGAAAGAUGAAGUCAUCAGAGGCUUUGCAGCCUCAGGGGAAGAGAGUACAUCCCAUCACAUUGGGCCUUCUCACCCAGCUCCCACCACCCUCCCAGGACAUUCCCUAGGAUUCUGAAUGCCAGAAGUGAAUUUGUCUCUUAACCAGGCCAGCCUGGUACGGUUAUCUACAAUGGUGUAAUUUCAAAGAAGAGAACCAAAAAAUCUCUUCCCCAUUGAUGCUUGAAAGAUCACCAUUCUUUUGGGUGAAGAUAAGCAAUCCUGAGACAAGGGCCACAUCCAGUUCCUGACACCCCAGUGUAAAGGAUUUCGGUAGCUUAAGUGUCAGACAGGAAGGAAGGGAACACAAAGGGGGUAGAGGUUGCCACUGACAGUGAACAUCAUCUUUAUGGCUGUUUUGCUAAGACCUGGACCAGUUUUCUAAAAUACACUUUCUUUUACAAAGUGGGCUCUAUUUUGGAAUCCAAAGACAUGGGUUCAAGUCCCAGUUUUGCUUCAGUGGAAUGAGAAUGAUGAAAACACCUGUUCUGCCUACCCUACAGGAUUGUUCGGAGAGCCCAUUUAGGUCAUGUUUUGUGAAAGUACUUUUCAACUAUACUCAUAAGAACGGAUAAAUGAUAUUGACAGUUCGUUAGGACAAGAGCAAUCCUGUCCACUGAACUUAUUAUCUUCCCUGUUCCUUUGCCCAGAGACCCCUGAACUCCAGUACACUGGGAUGAAAAGGAAUCCCUAUCCUGGGUUAUAAUCAGGAAGACUCAACCUCUAAGUCUCAGUGACCCCCACUCUCAGCACCUCCAUGGUCCCAGGCAUGUUGGUAAUCUACCCCUGCAUGUUUCCAAACAGCCUACCCCAGAGCUGCAAAAAUACCAUUUCUGAAUCUGUUUGUAUUAUUGUACAUCGGUGGUUAUUGUGUGUGCUUGUCCUCGUAUCUUCCUGAUACUUUCGAAGCAGAGACUAUACAAGCGGUACCUGGUUUGGGACUGGCCUGUCCACAUUUGGGUAACUUCUAAUUUUCUCUAAAGAAUAGGUUACUUAGUUGUUUGUUCUUAAUUAUGUGUUGGUUGUGAAAUUUCAGCCAACAUUUUCUUCUAUCAUCAUCCAACAAUCUCAUUUUCAGCCCAUGCUCAGAAAAUGCAACCUUAAUUUAAUGUUAGCCUGAGCAAAAUGUUUAUAAACUCUGAUUUUACAAAAUUAUACAGUGCAUUCCAAAGCCAAGUAAGUGUUUUGGGUUAGCUGCAUUUUUACAAAUAUAAUAAUUAUUGUAUUGUUAUUUAUUACCCCUGUCAUGGUUCUUCUAAGAAGAUUCUUUAAAAGCAGACUGUGUAUCAGCUGAGUCUGUCAACAGAAUUUAUUUCCUUUUCCCUUUUUAUCCCAAAAUGUACCAUCGUCCUCUUAUUUCAACUUGACUGGAACAGCUUUUGAAAAUAUCAGUGUGUAUUUGUGAUUUUUCCAGUGAAUAAAAAUGUAUGUUGUUAUCAAAUGAAAUAAUGAAUAUAUGGAAUCUUAACCACACUGUUCAUGUGCUUUCUCCCUAGUCCUUUAUAGUAUGUUAGUAUAACCCGUUGCCGUCAAGUCGAUUGCGACUCACAAUAACCCUGUAGGACAGGGUAGAACUGCCCCAUAGGGUUUCCAAGGAGGCUGGUGGAUUCGAACUGCCGACCUUUUGGUUAGCAGCUGAGCUCUUAACCACCAUGCCAACAGGGCUCCUAUAUUAGUAUAAGCCAGAAAAAAAACAAACCUGUUGCUGUCAAGUCGAUCCCGACUCAUAGCGACCCUAUAGAACAGAGUAAAACUGCCCACAGGGUUUCCAAGGAGCACCUGCUGGAUUCCAGAUGUCAGUGAAGUAACAGACAGCUAAACAAUCCAACCCUGAAACAGAGAAGGAACAUAACUGAAGGAAUUUGUAGAACAGGGGCAGCUCCUACCAACAACCAGCCUUGUAUCAUUACAUCCCUCAAGCCCAAAAAGUGUAUUCACGCGCACAGAUAAGCAGGGAAGUGCAACACUGUGCUGACGCUACACCAUCAUUUUUAAAAGAUCUGUUUGUUUAAAUGAAAGCUGUUAUUUAUGUGGAGAUUGAUGAUCCCUCCAACUGGGGUUAAGGUAUUAAAUUAAUUGCACUUGUGUUCACCCUUUUCUCUCAAGACUAGUGGUAAGCUUAACAUACUUUAAAUGUCCUAAGAUAUAUACAUUUAUACAUAUUGAAAAAUUCUCCCAUUUGGCAAAAUGGAUCCAUUCCCUCAGCCAGAGUAAAAUAAAAGCUUUGUGAUGAAACUAUCAGAGAUUUUUCUCUCAGCGUUCAACAUUUAAAAUAAGUUGCUUCUCAAAUUGAAGAAAUCCCAAGAUGGCUUCAGGCCCUCAGGCAUGAAAACCGAUUCCACGCUUAACAGAGGAAGAAUGUGACACAUGUGAUUUGAUUAGAAAACUGAAAGUGAAUUCCAUUUCUGGGGAAAGAUGUGGCUUUGAAACAUAUUCCCCCAAAUUAGUCACUUUCUUUCCUUUGGCCUCAAGAGGGCACACAUAUACACACUCAUGCACACACGCACACGCGCACACACACACACAUGUCAGUAGGAUAUUGGAGCAGGAAAGGCCUUUUAAGAGCAUGUAAUUCAAUUCACUCCUUUCCCAUGUGAGGAAAAGGCUGACUUAAGGGCACACAGCUAACCCUUGCUGGACCCAGAAUGCUACCUCCAGGUUUUACUGGCCCAGUGAAUUGCACUCUGACUGCUCUCCUGAGUCCAAAGGGGCAGACCCUCUCCAAGAACGUUCUAAGGGCCAUUUGAGCUGGUUUUUGGCCUCCCUGGAGAAUUCUAAGCUGCACUGAAGAUACCCUCCAUCCCUCUGACAAGCCAAGAGCACAUUCCAUCCAGGGGACCUCCUAGCCCAGACUCCAGGAUUCAGGAAACCAGAGAGAAUUACAGCAGGACCCCUCUAGUGCUCCUGCCUUUCUUUAUGGCAGAAAGAUGCAAACCACCUUUCUCACCUGUACCUGGUGCUCCCUGUGCCUGGAAUUCCUCUCCUAAUGACAUAUAUGCCUCAGGGGGAGAGGGGGCAACACACUUAACUGGAAUGUACACGGAGCACAGUUGAUCCUCAUUACUUGUGGAUUCCAUAUUCGUGGAUUUGCCCACUUGCUAAAAUUUAUUUCUAACCCCAAAAUCAAUACUUGUGGCAUUUUUGUGGCCAUUUGCAGAUGUGCAUAGAGGGGCAAAAAAUGUGAGUCACCCCACAUGCACAAUCCCAGCUGAGGAUGAACAAGGUUCUACUCUGAUAUCUUGUUUCAGCUGUCAUACUGUAAAUAAGUGUCCUCUUCACAGACUAGUUAGUGCCAUGUUUUUCAUGUUUUUGUGCUUUUUGUUGGUGGCUUUGCUGCUUAAAAUGGCCCCCGAGCCUAGUGUUGAAGUGCUGUCUAGUGUUCCUAAGCAUAGAAAGGCUGCUAUGUGCCUUAGGGAGAAAAUAUGUGAGUUAGAUAAGCUUUGUUCAGGCCUGAGUUAGAGUGCUGUGGGCCAUGAGUUCAAUGUUAAUAAAUCAACAGGAUAUGAUAAAUAAGGUGUCUUUAAACAGGAACACAUAAAACAGGUUUUUUAUUGAUCAGUUGAUGAAAAAGUUGUGACCAGAGGCUUGCAGGAACCUAACUGUGUAUUUCACGUAGAAGUAAUGGUUCAGUAUUUGCAAAUUCAGUGGUUGCAGCAACUUUAUAGAACAUAACUACUGAGAAUAAUGAGAAUCCACUGUAUUUGUAAGUGAUGCUGGAGCCUUCUGGGAAAGCAAAUUGUGAUUAGAGGCAACUCUGGCCAUAGGAAAAGGAGGUGGUAGAAAAGAGGCCUCACUCACAUUCAGAGAGAAAUCCAGGACCACCCAAGAUGGAGUGUGCAGUCUUCACCCAAGUUACUACUGGCUGGCCCUGAGCAGUGGUCGUUCUUCAUGUCUCCAAGGACCAAAUGCCUUCCGUUCACCAUGUCAGCCUUUUUCAUGAGGUGUGCCAACCAGGGCACAUCAUCUCCUAAGGUUGCUGGCAUCCUCUUAAAAAGCACCUGAACCCAGCUUUCAUCUGUGUUCCUUCUCUGGCAGAACUUUGGACAGCUAAGCCCAGAAACCCUAGUGUGUGCAAGAAACAAAAACCAAACCUGUUGCAACUGAGUCAAGUCCAACUCACAGCAACCUAUAGGACAGAGUAGAACUGCUCCAUAAGGCUUCCAAGGAGAGGCUGGUGGAUUCAAACUGCCAGCCUUUUGGUUAGCAGCCGAGCUCUUAACCGCUGCACCACCACGGCUCAGGUGCCAUGGUGGUUAAAUUUCCUCCAUCCUUACUCUACCCAUAAGCCCUCAAUGCAGGAGUGAGAUUAAUGUUGCUUAUUAAUGGGGCUCCCUUUUGAAAAGCUAUUGGGAGCAUUGCAUAUGGCGCCUAACCUCAUCCAGGAGUUCUUCAAAUAAGUUUACAGAGUAUUUUUAAGAAGCGGGUGCUUUUUUAACGUACAUUCUCUUUUGUAUGUAAUUUCCUGGGCUCAAACCUUGUUUGUCACAAGACAUAGUUUGCCUGCCAGUUGAAUAGAACCAGAGGGUCCAAGGUUUGAACUGGCCAAACUGCCACCUCUCCCAGCAUCCCUGCCACUCCUCCUCUUACCCUACUCUGCACACCACCUUGAUGCAAAUUGAAACCCCUUGGAAAGAAAGGUCUCCAUGGAAACACUGAUAUUGAACCAGCCACAGCACACACUUUCUGGGGACCAUAUGUCCAAGAGAGCAGCCUCUUUUUAUUCCAUUAAUAAAACUGAACUUGAAAGCUAUGUCUCAUCCUUUCUCUAGUAUUGCUGUGGGACAGAAAGAAUAAAACUGCACACUCUCCCCAACCCAGACUGGAGAGAUGAAUGGCCCUUGGCUAACACUUUAACUGAGCCCUUACAUAGCAAUUUCAAAGGUGUAGUGGGUCUUUGCAGAGCUAAAGAACAGUUAUCAAGAGGUAGCACAGUUUCUUACUCCCAGCAGACCCCAGUGCACAGUCUAAAGGGGGUGGUGGGGAGGAAAGGAAGGAACCAGCAAUCUUCCACAUAAUAAUAUGAAGUUCAACGCCAGUGGGGAGAUGUGGUCUUGAAAAUUAUGGGGUGUGAAGGAAAAUGUUAGUCUCCCUCCUUGUGGGUUUCAAUUGUGUCUGAGCAUUACCAUUUGUCCUUGGAGAGAGAAAGAGAGGGAGGAGAGAAAGGGGGGAGGGAGGGAUAAAAACCCACAGUUACACGCCUUUCUGUCUGAUAUAACAGCUGCUCACUGAAAAACAUGAAGGAUAGAGAUGCAAAAUAUGUAAACCAGUUGCCGUCUAGUCAGCUCCAACUCAGGAUGAUUCCGUGUGUGUCGGAGUAUUGCUGGGCUCCAUAGAGUUUUCAGCGGCUGAUUUUUCAGAAGUAGAUGACCAGGCCCUUCCUCUGAGGCACCUCUGGGUGGACUCUAACCUCCAACUUUUGAUUCGCAGUUGAGCAUAUUACCAUAUGCACCACCCAGGAACUCCACAAAAUAUGUGGGUGGGGAGGGAACCUGGAAGGAAGAGCUCAUCCCAGGCUGCUUUGUGGGACCUGGAAUGCCAAAGGCAACCUCCCACUGCCCUUCUGGAGCCCCCCAGGCAUUCUCAGAAACUGAGCUUUGAAGCCUCAGGGGAACUACUGUAGAGGAGAGGGGUGGAUGCUGGGUGAGGCAAUCCCUUGGGUGGGCAAUGGAUCUUCUAAAAAGGUGAGGGGAGACCCAUGGUGAUAGUUUAGGACAAGCUCGUGACCUUUUGUAAGGCAAGAACAACAUGCCUUCCAUUCAACCUGUACUGCAAGUCCUAGCCAGCAUCAUACAAUAAGGGAAAAAACGUUAUAAGAAUUAGAAACAAAAAUGCCAUUAUCAUUAUUUGCAGGAAAUAGGAUUGUCAACACGGAAAAGUCUGAAAUAACCUAACAAAACAAAUAGAACUAAUAAGAGAGUUGAGCAAGGAAAAAAAAAAUUAAAGAGCCCCUGGCUCCUUACAGGGGAGUUUCUCUUAAAUCCUUCAUGAGAAGCUCACUUAGCAGAAGCAAGGGCGUUAUGGCUCCAUCUCUACCUCUGCUCCCUCUGGUCCUUGACGGAGGAAUGGCUGGACGCAGUGCCAUCCCACUCACUCCUCAUGCCCCAGACAUUGUUCCCCUUUCUGAGCAUCAGCAUGGGGCAUAAGGGGGCAGGCCACAUUUUUCUUUCUUGUCCUGUCCCCUUACGCUUCUCAAAAUCUUCAAAAUAGAUUGUAAGGGUAGGUGGAAGUAUAACUUUUUGGUUACAAAAAAAGUCAUGUAUAAAAGUAUCACAGCUCUAUAACCAAGAUUAAGUUAGCUCUUGAGCCUUCACAUCCAUGUUUUGGAGAAACUUGAUUCUGCCAACUCCCACGUGUACGCGGGCCUGUGUCUGGGACUUUAUGUUUGAUUUCAUUGGCUCUUUGUUUAUCCCUUCCCUGAAAAGAUCAUUCUUUUAAUUACUAUAGCUUUAGAAUAAGCAUUGCUCUCUGGUAGAGUAAGUCCCAUCUUUGCAAGUUUGCCUUGGCUUAAAUUUUGGGAAUAGCCUGUCAAGUUCUAUGUUGGGAUUUUCAAAUAAGAUGGUAUAAAUUUAGUACGUGUUGAUAUCUUUUUUUGAUAUCUUUACGAUAUUAGGUUUCCCAUUCAUGAACACAAUUAUUAGGGCUUCUUUUAUAUUCUUCAGCAACUUACAUUUGUAGUGUUUCUAUAAACACCUUACAUGGUUUUUUGUUUUUUAGGGUUUAUUCCUGGAUGCCUGUAUGUUUGUUGUUAUUGCAAAUGGUACCCUUCCUCUUUUUUUUUCCCCUUUAAUUUCAUUUUCUAAGUUGUUCGUUGCUCUUAUAUAGGAGUACUGUUAAUUUUUGUAUCUGAAUCUUAUAGCCCAAGCCCACUCAAAUACCAUAUAUUACCAACAAAAUUCCUGUACUGUGCAAAAAACACCAGCAACUCACUUCAUAAAUGUAUUCUGCAAUAGCUCUACUAGUGCCAGAAACACUGCUUUCAAGUGUCUCUUCACUUCUCCCUACCAACACCAAAGAACAGGCCAAAGCUGCAAAAUCUCUGGGCUAUGAUUCUGCCACAUGUUUACUAUCGGCUGAUUUGUGUCCAUCCCUGCCCACCCCUGAUCUCAGCCCUCCUUCAAUCAUGAUAGUACCCCUGAGCCUGCCCACCUUCAUCCAUAUUACCUACUCUUGUUUCCUCAUGGAACUGCUCUCUCUCAUAAUUCUUGGUCUGUUGGGUGGCUCUGGUACCAUGCCCAGCUGUGGCCUUCUCACUUUGCAAAGGCUCAGCCCUGGUAGAUGCAGAAGGCUUUCCCAUAGUGAAGAUGCAGCUAUACCCUGAAUAUGAGUGUCUCCACUGCUCAGAGACACCUGCCUCCUCCCCUCACCAGAAGUAUGUCUCCUAAGCUUCAGCAUCAGCACGAACCAGUAAAUGUGACCUGUAAUUUAAGCCCUGAAUGGCACAAAUGGUUAAGCAUUGGACUACUAACCAAAAAGUUGGUGGUUCAAGCCCACUGGAGACACCUUGGAACUAAGGCCUGGCAAUCUCCUUCCGAAAGGUCACAGCCUUGAGAACCCUAUGGAGCCGUUCUAUCCUGCACACUUGGGAUCGAUCACCAUGAGUUGGAAUCAGCUGGAUGGGAACUAACAACAACUACUACUGGAGCUGGACCAAAGGAUCCUAGUUCUCCAAACAGCUCUACUACUGGGCUUGAUUCUUUGGCCCUGCCUUCACCUCUCCCAGUUUAUUUUAUUUUCCCUUCUCCCUCCAACUUGUACUCCUGCUGUCUCAGAAAAUCAGUCCCACAUAAUUUUGGGUUUGUGUGUCUUUACCCUUUCUUCAUGUGCCAGUCACAGUAGGAAUUCUUAGGAAAUGAAUUCAACUCAGCUAGUUCAAGUGAGAACACUUUAAUGAAAGAGUUAUUUACAGAGGUCAGUGGUAUUUUGGUGCUAGAAUUCUUGCCUUCCACGGGGGGAGACCCAGGUUCGAUUCCCGGCCGAUGCACCUCACAUGCAGCCACCAUCCGUCUCUCACUAGAGGCGUGCAUGUUGCUGUGAUGCUGCGCAGGUCUCAGCAGAGCUUCCAGACUAAGACAGACUAGAAGAAAGGCCUGUGGAUUUACUUUUGAAAAUCAGCCAGUGAAAAUCCUGUGGAUCACAUGGUCUGAUCAUAAUCUACAACUAGUUAUGGGGAUGAUGCAGGACUGGGCAGCAUUUUAUUCCAUUGUUCAUGGGGCCACCAUGAGUUGGGGGCCAACUUGAUGACAACUAACAACAGCAAACAUUGAGGUAUAGGUGGGACUAAGAACCAAAAAGGGGUGAUUGGACUCCCAGAGACUAGCAGCAGAGGGAAGCUGCUCCCACUUUUAGGGCUGGAGAAGCCAGGGAAGGAAAUAGUGACACAGAUGCUCAGUGAGAGCCACAGCUAUGGUGGAGGAAGGGAGCCGCUGUCAAAGCAGGGGCCAGAGCAUAGACUACCCUCACCUCUCCUUCUGCCCUCAUGUCUCCAUCAGGUCCCUCACUGGCUAAACUCAACCAGAAUCCUGCUGCCAGCACGGUCUAUAGGGUCAACCUCUGUAGGCUCAGGGCAGGGCAGAGAAGGGAGGAGAAGGGAUCUGGGAUUCAGAGUCAGCAGCUGACACCUUGCAUGUCGAACCUCUUCAUUUCUCCCGCAGCCGCGAUAGCCUCAGCUCUAUCAAGCCCAGACUCAGGCUUUUCUGGCCUCCUCACAGGGCAGUUUUUCCUAAGUCCCACAUGAGGCAUCCACCUGGAAGUAGCAUCAGGCAUCAUGGCUCCCAUGAUGCAAAGUUCUGUUCCACCUACUUAUCUACAAGUGAGACCACAAUUGUGACUCCUUCCACUCCUACGGGGAUCCCUGGCACUUAUGUGAUACCGGAAGUUACUGGGAACUUACUGAGAAAGGGCAGAGAAGACGUGUCUACCCCCAGGGAAGACCCAGGCAGGUGGGACAGAAGAAAAGGGAGGAAGGCCUCAGGACUAAAAAGCCCAAGCCAGGACUCUUUGGUUCAGUUACUGGGACAGCUGAGGGUGAUGGUCCCUUUUCUCCAUCCAGGGAGUGCUUGAUAAGGAGCAGAAUGACCAGGCAGCCCUGGUAGGGAGGGCUGAAGCAAGGCCAUGUGACAAAGCCCACUCCAGCUCACAGCCCUCGUCUGUCCAGACCAGGAUGCAUACAAUUACCCUGCCCUGACUUAAUAUACAUCCUCUACCUGCUUCUCAUAUUCUUAGUUCCUUCUUCUUCUUUGUAGGUUUAUUUGUGUCAUCCCUAUCACUUUUUGUUGUCACAUAGUCCCAACUUCAUGCUCUUGCCCAAUUAAGUGACUUUUAAAAAUGUGGUUGCCAUAACAACCCUUGCAGGUAUCGCAGCUGGCUGCAUUAUUUAGCAGUUGGUGUGCCCCACCUUGGCAAGAUAUCCUGGUAAAACAGAGGGUGUGGGCUUCUAUUUCACAUUCACACUGAGACUCACGGGCCAGAAAACAGAACCCUUUCAAUUACCCUCUGAGGUGUGACUAUUAGUUCUAUUUUACAGACGAGGAAACUAGGCCUCUGAGAGAUUGUAUAACUUCUCCCAGGUUAUGCUGGUAAUAAGAGCAGCGGUAUGACAUGAAUCCAGUUCUGGCUGAGUCCAAAUACAUGAUCUUGACCAGAAGUCAAGUCUCCCACGUAAAUCACUUCACAAAUUCCCAGAUAAGGACACAAACUUUGAGGAUUGAGACGCCAACCUCUAAGAGCCUCUGCUCCAAGCAUCCAUCCACCCUGUCUCCCUUUCUGGGAGGUCUGGGGUCUUUUCUAAAUGGUGAUGCUGCUUCUGGGACAUGGCCAGUUGAAUUCUCUAAUUCUCUUCCUUCCUGAGAACCUGGCAUGUUAACUAGAAUGUUCUCCUGGGGUCCAAGCACUAGGUUGCCACACAUCAUAAGAUGAUUCUACAAUUUCACUUAAACCCAAGAUAGGAUUCAGGUGUGAGGAGUCUGUUAAAAAAAUAACAAAUUCCUUAAUCUAUAGGGUCUCGAUGAGUCAGAAUUCACUCAACAGCAAAGGGUUGUUUUUUUGUUUUGUUUUUGCUUUUUUUUUUUCUUUAAUGAAUUAGACAUUUAAUUAGUUAAUUAAGAAGAAGCCAGUAAGGGAGUAAGGAGUAUACGAGUGGCACGAACACUUAAGCACUCAACUGCUAGUCAAAAAGUUGGCAGUUUAUUCCCACCAGAGGCACCUCAGGAGAAAGGCCUGGUGAUUGCUUCCAAAAGUUCACAGCCUUGGAAACUCUAUAGAGCGUAGUUCUACUCUACAACACACAGGGUCACCAUGAGUCAGAAUCGACUGCAUGGCAGCUAACAACAGUAAGGGGGUAGGGAAGUAGGAUAGGGAAAGGGAAGAGGCCAAGCAAGGGGGUGAAUCCAGGUGAAGCCCCAGCCUCAGACUGAUGUCAUGGGAGUCUCAGGAGCAUAUAUUACACCUCAGAGUUUGUCCCACGAUGGGGAGCUGAGCUUCGGUGCUCCCAUGCCAGCCCUUGGCUAGGAGGAAGGAGCUUGGCAGGAGGGUGUAAAAAUCCCGGUGCCUUGGGCUCUCCUUUAGGCAGGUGGCUCCCCCGCCCAGACCAAUCCUCCAAAGGGCACAGGUGCCAGUGUUGGCAGCAGAGCACACAGAAGCUGGGGGAUGAACAACAGCUGGUAAGAAGAUAUUCCAGGGGACCUGGCGGCCCAACCACAGUGCCCCUGACACCCACCAACUUGUCCUCUUCAACGACACACCAAAACUGUUCUAGUUCCAGGCGGCAGACGUAUCCACUCUCCUGGUCCUCCACGCAGCUCAGAGGACGCGCUGGUUUGUUUUCCAGGCCCUGCCCAGCUUUGACCAGCCCCUCUCAGUUACUAUCUCUCUGUCUUGCCAAAUGUCUAUGACCCUAGAGCGAGGUACAAAAGCCGUAUUUGAGGGGACACACUUUUCUCUCCUCUAUUGCAGUCACUUUUCUGGCUUCCCCUCAGAUUCUGUAUAGACGUGCCCCUCCCCCUCACCUUAUGUUGCAGAAAAAGCGACUGAAUGAAUGAAUAGGCAGGACUGUCUGGGGCAGCUUCCCAGAGGGGGCCACCUCAGCCCCAGGCAGCUUGAUCAGGAGCCGGGCUCCCUGUGGCUGGGCCUUUUCACGCUCAACUCAUCAGCCAGCAGUUAAGUCUUUGUUCCCUUUUACCAGCCUGCUGUACUCCAGGAACAGGAGAAAGGACUUUUAUUUUUUCCAGGGAGUGAGGGGUGUUUAGGGGUCAUCUGCGGGGGGAGGUAACUGGACAGAAAUGGGACAGGGCCUCUAACUGCUGCCUCGUCCACCUGCUAUUCCUCUCAGUACAGGAGUCUUUCCCACUUUAUGAAAUCGAGAAAGCAGUGCGCUUAGCUCACAACAGGCCAUUUCCUGCAUUAUCUCUGAUAAUUUGGGAUUUCUCAUCCAUUCCCCAGCAACACACACAUACACACACGUGUACAUGUUCACAAACACACACAUACGUACAUAUACACACACACACCAAGAGCUCCGGGUAGGUACAGAAUGGACAGAUGACCAAAUGCUCAUGUCCUGCUCACACUCUGAAGUGAAAUACACGUUUGGUGUUUGAAUAGUCUGUAGAAUUCUCACUCCUCUCAUUUCAUAAAUAGGAAAAUCAGGCCCAGAGAGGCAAACCGUCACAUGCCAGGUCACAGACCUGUUGAUGGAAGACUAUGGUCCAGAACCUGGUCUCCUGACCCCUGUUUAAGGCUUUCACGUGGGCGUCCACGCUCCUGCCCCUCCAUAGGGCUAGCUCAGGAGAGUCGACAGCAGGGUCCAACAGGCCCUGCCUGCCAGGGCUACAAGAAGAUUGGUGGAAAGACAGGCCUCUUGAAAGCCCAGGAGAUAAGUCUUGUGGCCUUUCUUCUGUGGGACAGGGAACCCUUCCCAAAUAGGGUUGCCAGAUUUACAAAUUAAAAUACAGAAUGCUCAGUUAAACUGGAAGUUCAGAUGAACAACAAGUAGUGUUUUAGAAUAUGUCUUAAAUAUGGCAACCCCAUCAAAAUUCCAACCUCGUAUGUAAUUCAAAGCAUUGAUUCUCAUUCCAGCUCAAACCUAAACCGUGGCUAGAGGCCUUGCAUGCAGAAGGGCGCUGUGAGGGAUUCUGCCCUUCCUUUAUUUCCUCCCUCCCCUGGGGCAAAGCAGGAGAAAUAGGGAAGUAGCCACUGACUUAACUAGUGUUGCUGUGGUCCUUCCUUGGCUGUGGAGGUCUUUUACCUACUAAGGAAACCCUGGUGGUGUAGUGGUUAAAUGCUACAGCUGCUAACCAAAAAGUUCAGCAGUUCGAAUCCACUAGGCACUCCUUGGACACGCUAUGGGGCAGUUCUGAUCUGUCCUAAUCUACGCAACCACAACGGGUGAAUUUUUAAGCCUUCACCAAAAUUCCAUGACAUCAGGAAAAGCCCCUUUAACAUCCUGUUAAAGUUCAUCCAUCUAUUCAUUCAUUCAUUCAUUCACUCAUUCAUCUGUUUAUUCAUUUACCACAUUAUUGAGUGUGGCAGCAGGAGACCUGACUUACGAAAGACCUGGUUGAGGGUGGGAAUCUGGUUCAAAGAUCAGACUGAACCAUCAGUAAUAUUGGACUUUAAAAACAGAACAGUGUAAUCAAUGACCACAUUAAUACAUUAUAGAUAGAUAGCAAUUCCAUUCCUCCUAUAUAUGGGCACCAAAAAAAAAAAAAAAAACCCAUUAUCGUAUAGUCAAUUCCAACUCAUAGCAACCCUACAGGAGAGUAGAACUACCCCACAGGGUUUCCAAGGAGCAGCUGGUGGAUUUGAAUUGCCGACCUUUAGGUUAACAGCCAUAGCCCCUAACCACUGCUCCUAUAUGUGCACUAUGAGGCAUAAAUAGAAUAUUCAAACCAAGAUUGUUCCUAAUAGCAAAAAGGAAAAAAAAAAAAAACUGUGUAUAACCUAAAUAUCCACUCACAGAGAAUAGAUAAAUGCAUUGUGAUUAAAUUCAUAAAAUGGAAUGCCAUAUAGCAGGGAUUUUUAAAAUUGUGAUUACAUUCUUACUUUGAAUACUAUACUACUGGAAAAUGAUCGGACCUCAGCUAUAUAACCCAAUCUGGACAGACCUCCAAAUCAACACUGACUAAAAGAAGUCAGUCACAGAAGGACACCCACAGGAUGAUUCCAUUUCACCUACAGACUCUCACCUGUGAAUUCUGCCUGGAAGGAAAGUAAGUUUUCACAGUCUGAACACUGCACUUCAUGUUUUCAUCUGAUGUGUCUUUGGGAAACUUCUCACCACCAGUGCUCCAAUGCGUCCAGCCCUUUCAACCACAAAAGGGGUUACAUGGCAGGAGAUAGAGGCUAGAAAGGGAAGCUUUCGAUGCCAACUUGUAAAAAGAGCUCCUAGGAAAUUCCCGUGAUGGAAAUCAGCUCUGUUUCCAAAAACAGGCCAGAGGUUUAACCCAAAAUUCCACUCUAAGGAUGUUUAUUUGAACCAGGUUGCUUGUGUUCUUUUCAGGCCCUUACCCUAUGCACGGACUUGUUACCUAAAAGGAAGUCACUCCUUAUGUAUGCAUACGGUGGGACAGUGAUUCUAAGAUCUAAACAAGGUCUCCCCUGCCCUCUUUCCCUCCAUGGUACCUGUGGCCUGUGCCCAGCCUGACAGGUGGACAUCCUGCCCUCACUGCCUUGGGCAAGUCUGUGACAAAAGUACUUUCCUGUCACCCCCACUCCCUGCCAACCCCAGGAAUGUAGAUGUGAUCAUUGGGAGAGCUACAGGGAGGAGAAAAAUCCUAAAUUAACUGAGUUUAAAUCUUAAAUGACUAAAAAAUCUGGAAGUAACUACAUUUGCCUGGAAAGGAAUAGAUUAAGUUUUUUGUAUUCAGUUGGAAAGACGCGCUGUCUUGGUUUGGGUUACCCCAGAAACAGAUCCCAAGACAAAGAGAUGAUGCCAAGAAACAGUGGUAACAGGAUGGAGAGGUGAGACAGAGAAGGAACGGCAGCCUAUAAAAGGUGUGUUGAUGAGCCCAUUACUGCUGUGGGCAACCAGGACUCAAACUGUGGGGACAGGAUGUCUAGGAGACUGUGCAGAGCAGCCCUUGGAGUUUCCACCCACCACCACUGGAGACCAGGAAGCUGGGUCAGACAUUGGUUAAGUCUGCUCGUGGGUCAACUCCGUGGUCCUUCCAACCUGCUUCACCAGUCAGGAGCAGACAGAGAAAGCCCUCAGGAUGCAGUAGGAAGCUGUAAGAUUAACUGGUACUGGAACAAUGAGUGCUGAGGGGACAUGUGUGGGCAUCGAUAGUGUCUGCUGCAAAGGCUCAAGAUGACUAAAUUUACUUUCCAAAAGCACUCCUGAGCUCAGUGGUCUUGAAACAUGGUGCCCAUUACAAACAUAAAUAAGAAAGUUGAAAAUGAAGAAGCAGUCAUUCUUCCACCAACAUAAGAUUUUUUUCAAAGCCUGAUGGAAAUUUCUAGAUCACUAUCUACAGAGGGUCAGUCAGACAGAAGGGUGAACAUAGUACAGUGUGGGGUGCACGGAGGUGUGGGGAGCACAAGGGGAUGUGGGCACAGAGGGGUCUCCCGGGUGACUCCACGUGACUUCCCACACCCAGUCUCUCUGCUCUGUCCUGUUUGCUCUGGUGUCUUGUGCUCACUGCUCUGUUGCCCCACUAGAGGAUUCUCCUGCUGUUUCCCGCACAUGGUGCCCCAUCUUCACCACAAAGCUCAUGGAGUAGGCUUUGCUCCUGCUGCCUUUCCAGGGAUGACCCUUGCAUGCGGUGUGUCAUGGAUUGAAUUAUUUCCCCCAAAACUGCAUGUAUCAAUUUGGUUGGGCCAUGAUUCCCGGUAUUGUGUGGUUUUCCUAUAUGUUGUAAAUCCUGCCUCUAUGAUGUUAAUGAGGGAAGAUGGGCAGCAGCUGUGUUACUGAGGCAGGACUCAAUCUACAAGAUUGGAUUGUGUCUUAAGGCAAUCUCUUCUGAGAUAUAAAAGAGAGAGGCGAGCAGAGAGACAGGGGGACCUCGUAACCCUAAGAAAGCAGUGAUGGGAGCAAACCGUGUCCUUUGGACCUGGGGUCCCUGUGAAGAGAAGCUCCUAGUCUAGGGGAAGAUUGAUGAGAAGGUCAACAGAGAGAGAAAGCCUUCCCCUGGAGCUGACACCCUGAAUUUGGACUUAUAGCCUUCUUUACCGUGAGAAAAUAAACUUCUCUUUGUUAAAACCAUCCACUUGUGGUAUUUCUGUUCUAGCAGCACUAGAUAACUAAAACACAGUCUCUCUUAUUUUCUUUGCAACUCAUCCUUGAACACUUGACUUCCAGGAAGUUCUUCCAUGCUACGCCCAGGCUGAGCAAGGAGAUCCUCUUCUGGUAGUAGUAUGUAUAGAUCUACCACAUUUUUUUUUUUCAAAUGCAGCAUAAUAUUCUGGUAUAUGAAUCCACCAUAACUUGUUUAACUAGUCACUUAUUGCCCCACAGGUCUUCAUUAAAUAUCUACAAAAAACUGGGUGCUAGAGUAUAAAAUUUAAUAAGGUAUGGUACCUAUAAACAAUGAACUGACAGUGUGAUGAGGAAAUCAGCCUUUAACAACCAACCAUGAUUAAAUAUGAUCAGGCCUAUAAGAGCAUUAUUAGCCAAAAUGCAAGCAGCAAAAGGGAGAAUGAGAACACUUUGAUCUGAGAAGUCCCCCUAGAUGGCUCUUCCUUAAGGGAAAAAAAAAAAAAUCAAGCCAUGCAUAAUGAUUUAGAGUCUAAACUUUAAACCCCUGUCACUCAAAGUGUGAUCCCUAGACCAGCAGCAUUGGCAUCACCUGGGAGCUUGUUAGAAAUGCAGAGUCUCAGGUCUCACCCCCGACCUGGAGAAUCAGAAGCUGAAUUUUAACAAGAUCUCCGAGUGAUUGACGUGCACAUUACAGUUUUAGGAGCUUCAGUGUGUUCAUUGCUUUGUACUAUCUUGACAUGUUUUCUGUUCCUUUAAGAAAACUAAUGAAGCUAAUUAAUUAGGGGUAAAUUUGUUAGAGAACAGUCUCUUGAAAAUUGUCUCUGUGAUGUACCUAGAUGAGACUGGGUCUCAUAUGUAGCUUUUUGGGCCCUUCAUAUAGCUAAACCUCUCUCCACAGAUGGAUUAUUCCAGUUCUCUGAGUUUCUAAGCCCCCAUUCUAUAAAUUCUCAACUUCCUUCCUAACAGUUCCUCCAUCUUACUAGCUCAUCAUUCCCACCUCAAAGGUUGGGAACCCCACGCAUUUGUCAGUUUUUGUAUUGUGGUGGCUUGCAUGUUGCUGUGAUGUCGGAAGCUGAAGGUGUUUCAAAAUGCAAUAUUGAAGGACUCUACAGGGAAAAUAUUGAACAGUGCAGGAAGCAUCAAAGGAAGAUGGAAGGAAUACACAGAGCCACUGUAACAAAAGGAAUUGGCCAAUGUUCAGCCAUUUCAGGAGGUAGUAUAUGAUCAAGAACCAAUAGUACUGAAGGAAGAAGUCCAAGCUGCACUGAAGGGAAUGGGAAAAAACAAGGCCCCAGGAAUUGAUGGAAUACGGAUCAAGGUGUUUCAACAAAUGGAUUCAAGUGCUGGAGGUGCUCACUCAUCUACAUCAAGAAAUUUGGAAGACAGCUACCUGGCCGACCAACUGGAAGAGAUCCAUAUUUGUGCCCAUCCCAAAGAAAGGUGAUCCAACAGAAUGAGGGAAUUAUCAAACAAUAUCAUUAAUAUCACCCACAAGCAAAAUUUUGCUGAAGAUCAUUCAAAAGCCAUUGCAGCAGUACAUCGUUGGGGAAUUGCCAGAACUUCAAAGUGGAUUCAGAAGAGGACUUGGAACAAGGGACAUCAUUGCUGAUGUCAGAUGGAUUUUGGCUGAAAGCAGAGAAUACCAGAAAUAUGUUUACCUGUGUUUUAUGGACUAUGCAAAGGCAUUUGAUUGUGUGAAUCAUAACAAAUUAUGGAUAACGUUGCGAAGACUGGGAAUUCCAGUAUACUUAAUUGUGCUCAUGUAGAACCUGUACAUAGACCAAGAAGCAGUCAUUCAAACAGAACAAGGGAUACUGCAUGGUUUAAAGUCAGGAAAGGUGGAAGAUACAUUAUCAAGAGUGCCAGCUUAUAGCCAUCACAUCUGUCCUAUAUGCUGCGAGUCCCCAAUCCUCUGCUACCCUGGAGACCUGCAGCCAUUUUAUCACUCUCAGUAUCUGCACAUUCAAUAUCUUCUUGCUGCAUGCACAACUCUGAAAGUCCUAAAUUUGCAUAUCUUCCUGGAUUCUGAAUUGCAGGGGGCACAGUCCUGGAGACUGGCUCAAAGAGUUAUUCAAAACCAAUUAUCUGGGCAGAAAAGAUCAAAGAAAAUGUAGAAGUCUGACCAUUCAAAGACAUUCUAUCUUAAGAUGUUUCCUAAGAUGCAGGGGAAGCAAAUUAAACCCCCAGUGAGAUACCUCUCCGCUCCCACCAGAAUGGCUAAAAUUAAAGACUGACAACACCAAGGCUGAAUCAUGAGGCUGUACAGCAGCCAGAGCCCUCCUACAUGGGAGUAUGAAUUGGCACAACCUCUUUGGAAGACUGACAGAAUCUACCAAAACUAAACAUACUUCUACCCUGUGGCCUUGCAAUUUCUCUCCUCAGUAUUUACCCAAGAGAAAUGAGCCCCCUUGUAUCUACCAAAUGACACAUACACAAACGUUCACAGUAGCCUUAUGCAAAAUAGGCACAAAUGGGAACAGCCCAAAUGUCCGUUAAUAGAUGAAUGAGUAAAUAAAGGGGGGUAUACAUUUUUUUUUUUAUCCAUAUAAUGGGGUAGUAUUGUUUGCUGCUAUAACAGAAAUACCACGAAUGGGUGACUUUAACAAAGAGAAAUUAAUUUUUUUCACAAUUUAGGAGGCUAGAAGUCCAAAUUCAGGGCACUGGCUCUAGGGAAAACCUAUCUCUGUCCACACUGGAGGAAGGUCCUUGCCUCUUCAGCUUCUGCUUGCUGGUUCCUUGGAGACCUCUAUGUGUCUUGGCAUCUAUCUUACUCCAUCUCUGCUUCUUGCUUGCUUGUUCAAUCUCUUAUAUCUCAAAAGAUAUUGAUUCAAGAUGAACCCUACUCUAAUCCUGCCUCAUUAACAUGACAAAUGCAACUCAUUCCUAAAUAGGAUUAUAACCACAGGCACAGAGGUUAGAAUUCACAACACAUAUUUUGGGGGUACACAAUUCAAUCCAUAACAAGUAUACAUCAAUAAAGAAGAGCAAAUUACUAACAGACUCAACAAUAUAUCUCCCAGAUAAAGUGUCCAGCAAAAAAAAAAGCUGUACACAACAGAAUACAUACUUUGUGCUUCCAUUGAUAGGAAUUUCUAGAAUAGGCAAACUAAUCUCUAGUGACAGAGAGCAGAAUAGCAGUUACUUCUGGAAGAUAGGGAUAGUAUUAACUGGGAAGGAACAUAAAGGAACCUUCUAGGGGUAUUGAGGAAAUUCACAGUGGCUGCAACAAUGGGCUUAAACAUAGCAACAAAUGUGAGGAUGGUGCAGAACUUGUCAAUGUUUUAUUCUGUUAUGCAAAAAGUUGCCACGAGUCGAAGUCAACUCAACAGUACCUAACGAUGACAUAUUUUUACAUAGGUGGAGGGUACAUGGAUGUAUGUGUAUGUAAAAAUUCUUUUUAUUGUACAUUUAAGAUUUGCGCAUUUAAUGUGUAUAUUUUCAUAGUAAAUUUAAAAUUUUUUAAAUGUUUUUUGACAGUAAGGUGAGGAGGAAGUUGGCCUUUGUUCUCAGGCCUCCCUGUAAGAAUAAAAUGUAGCCAACAGCAUCUAUAGCCUGUGGGGUGUGUGGGAAGGGACAGGAGAGCAUCUCCUCUUUCCACCGCAGCUGGAACCACCUUCUGGCUCCAUUCUCCUCCUUCCUCCUCUCUAUCAUCUCCUCCUCCAGAUGCCAUUCAGAGAUCAACGUUUAUAGAAAGUUUACCAUGUGCCAGACUCAACAGACUUUAGAUACAAGUGUUCUAUUAUUACCCCCAGAACAUUCCAAAACAUUUGAAAACUUUAAGUAGAAACUCAGUAUAUUUCAGGUGGGGCGGGGAAGAGGGUAGCUCCUCAAAGAGACAGUGCAAACAGAUGCCCAGGGAGAGAGUGCCAGGCGGACAAUUUAGCAACACAAUUCUAUCCCAGAACCUUCUGCUGUUUGUGGGUGACGUUAAGUCACUGAAACUGCCUGAUUUUACCCACAAAAAAAGCGGGCGGGAUUAACACAGAUACUCAAGUGCUGCCAAGGAAGUUUCUCUAACUUAUGAAUCCUGAAAGCCUGGAGAGUUUAUCUUGCUGCCAAAAUGGCGGGUUCACCAGCUCCCUAAAUGGAGGUGGGUGUGUUUAUGAACAUGAUGCAAAAAUGGGAGCAAGUCCAGAUAACUCUUCAGUUCUCUCUAGGGGGUUGGACUUAAUAACCCUCUCAACUUUACAAAUAAAGCCUAUGACAAAACAAAAAAAUAUAUAUAGAUAUGCAUAUACAAACGUAUACAUAUAUACAGGGCUCUUUGGUAGUUAUUUUACAAAAAUGGUAUUGCAUUGAACAUGCUUUUCUACACAGACCUUUUCACUCAAGAAUUCCUUGGGAAAAUACCUCAAAGUCAUCUGUAUCACUCUUGUAGUCUUUUUCUUUUUUUUAAUUUUUAUUGUGACGCUCCUUAGAAACUCUAUGGGGCAGUUCUACUCUGUCCUUUAGGGUGUCUAUGAGUCGGAAUCGACUUGACAGCACUGGGUUUUUUUUUACUGUGUUUUAAGUAAAAGCUUACAAAUCAAGCCGGACUCUCAAACAAAAAUUUAUAAACACCUUGCUAUAUACUCCUAAUUGCUCUCCCCCCUAAUGAAACAGCACACUCCUUCCCUCCACUCUCCUUCGUUGUCCAUUCGGCCAGCUUCUGACUCCCUCCACCCUCUCAUCACCCCUUCAGACAGGAGAUGCCAACAUAGUCUCUUGUGUCUACUUGAUCCAAAAAGCUCAUUCUUCACCAGUAUCGUUGUCUAUCCCAUAGUCCAGUCCAAUCCCUGUGUGAAGAGUUGGCUUUGGGAAUGGUUCCUGUCUUGGGCUAACAGAAGGUCUGGGCACCAUGACCUCCAGGUCCUUCUAGUCUCAGUCAGACCAUUAAGUCUGGUCUUUUUACAAGAAUUUGGGGUCUGCAUCCCACUUCUGUCUUGCUCCGUCAGGAGUUCUCUGUUGUAUUCCCUGUCAGGGCAGUCAUUAGUUGUAGCCGGGCACCAUCUGGUUCUUCUGGUCUCAGGCUGAUGUAGUCUCUGCUUUAUGCAGCCCUUUCUGCCUCUUGGGCUCAUAAUUACCUUGUGUCUUUGGUGUUCUUCAUUCUCCUUUUGUCCAGAUGGGUUGAGACCUCUAGUCGUCUUUUUAAUGGCUACAUGGCAUUCCAUGGUGUGGUUGUACCAUAUUCAAACAUCCCUCCAUUUGUGGGCAUUUUCUUUACUCCCCAUUUCUUUCCACACAGCAAACAAUGUUAUAAUAAACACUAUACCAAAGUCCUUAGGAGUCCCUGGGUAUUGCAAACAGUUAAUGCACUCAGCUGUUAACCGAAAGGUUGGAGGUUCAAGACUACCCAGAUGUACCUCAGAAAAAAGUCCUGGUGAGACAUUUCCUAAAAAUUGGCCAUCGAAAAUCCUAUGGAGCACAGUUCUACUCUGAGACACAUGGGGUCGCCAUGAGUUGGAACCGAGUCCAUGGCAACUGGUUACCAGAGCUGUUAUAUAUGGCCUGGUGGUUUUGUUUCAUGGAACAGAUUUCCAGGAGGGUAUUAAAAGGCUAGGGUAGACGUAUUUUUUUUUCUUGCUUGCUUUUUAUGCUAGUAUAACUUACAUACAGUAAAGCACAUAAAUUUUUAAAGGUUAUAUGCAUGUUUAAUUGUAAUAGAAGCUGCCAGAUUGCUUCCCAAUCAAGCUGUUUAUAAUUCACAUUUCCACAGUAGUGAGUGAAAGUGCUUUUUGCCCUCACAUCCCUGCCAGCAAUUUUUUAUUUUUUGAACAGUUUGAAGGGUAUAAAGUGAUACUAUAUUACUAUAAUGUGCAUUUCCCUGGCUGCCGGUGAGUUUGAGUGUCUUCUCAUAUACAGGUGGAACCUUUGAAUUUGCUUUUCUGUGAAUCAUCUCAUCAACUCUUAGCCAUGGUUUGUUUUUCACUUUGUUUUCCUGUUACGUGAUUGGUUUCUUCCUUGUGGAUUUGUAAGAUCUCUUUGAAUAUUAAAGAUAUCAACUCUGUCAUCUAUACUAUUUUUUUCAAAUCGAUCAUUUAUCUGUUAACAUUGUCUAUAGACUAUUUUUGCUAUAGAACGUUAUUAACAAGUUAAGAGUGGGAGGAGGUGCUUCUUCAGCCUGUUAAUAUGGAUUGAUUUUUUUUUAAUGUCAAACGAACCAGCCUUGUAUCCCUGGAAUAAACCCCACAUGAGGUCAGUGUAAAAAGGAGCCCUGGUAGUGCAAUGGUUAACACCUGAAAGGUGGGCAGUUCACACCCACCAGCUGCUCAGCAGGAGAAAGAUGUUGCAGUCUGCUUCUGUAAAUAUCACAGCUUUGGAAACCCUUUGGGGCAGUUCUACCCCAUCUAUAGAGUCACUGUGAGUUGGAAUCGACUUGAUGGCAAUGGGUUUGAAGGCAUCAUUAUGAAGCAUUGUAUAAUGUACCAGUUAAUGGAAACCAGGCUGCUUAGGUUUAAAGCCUCAAUUUCCACCUUCUAGAAUAUGGCCUUGGACAGAGUGCCUAACCUCUCGGUGCCUCAGCUGCCCUGUGCUUCCUGGGUUUGCUGCAAGGAUUAAAUUGGGAUGAUUCCUACGAAGAGUUUAGCAUGGCGUCUGGCACAUUAGAGUUCCUAAGUAAACACUAACUAUGGCCGUUUUUGGGUGCAUACUCUACGGUAAGCACAGACCUAGCCGAUUCACUUAAAUGACGUCUUUUAAUUCUCACAGUGACCCUAUGAAGUAGAUAUAAAAUUUUCACAAAAGAUGGAACUGAAUCUUGGGAAGGUUCUACUCUGUGCUGGACACUCUGUUGGGUGAUGCAAAAGGGAAGAAAAAGAUACUCUCAACACUGGCAAGUUUUGUGGGAGAGACAGAAAGAGGAAAAAACAAUGACCAUCUGGAACGACGGGCGGAUGGAAAUGAAAGCAUGGAGCACAAGGUCUUUUAUGAGGUCACAGGACCAUUUAUUGACUGGUCCAUCUAUUCCUCCUCUUUGCAAUGGCCUCUCUGCCAUGUAUUAAGUUUCCACAACCCUAUGUUUCUGUUUCUGGCCUAUCUGUGUGCCAUCAGUCUAAUUGUCUACCCUUGUGCCAAUACUAUACUGCCUUAAUGAUUGCAACCUUUUAAUAAAUCUUAAAAUCAAAUAGAGAUUUCCCAACUCUCCACCCCCACAUACACCUUGCAGGGUCUCGGCUAUUCUUGGCUCUUUACUCUUUCAUAUAAAUUCUCUAAUCAGCUUGCCAGGUUCCAGAAUAACCUCAUUAGAAUUUUUUAAUGAAAUUUCAUUAAAUUUACCACUCAGUUUUGGGAAAAUUGACAUCUUAAUGGCAUUGAGUCUUCCAAUCGUAAACAUGGUAUUUCUCUCCAUUUGCUUAGAUAUUUCUCAAUAUCAUUCAAUAUUUUUUAUCCUUUUUCACAGAAUAAGCCUUGCAUAUAUAAGUGAAAAUUAUGAGUUCACAUGAAAAGGCUCUUUAUCUUAAUUUGCAAUGUGCUCAUCUCGUUAACACUGGCACUGGUUUCUGUUAGCAGUGGUUGCUUCUAUAGGACUUCAACAAGAGCUCCUCAGUCUAAGUUCUCAUUAGUGAGACCAAAGGGUGGGAGGAAAACUAGUUAAUUUUCUCAUCUACUUGCUCAAAGGGAAAAGAUAUGCUCAUAGCUUAGGCAGUGCUCCAGACUUUAGAUGGGUUUUCAAAACCUACGUUCUUUCACUUAUUCAACAGACUCUUGUUUUCCAUGUGCCUGCACAUGGAGAGUGUGGGAAGUACUUCGUGAUGGGAAGUACUUCGUGAUCAGUCCCUGUCCUCCUGAAAUUUACAAUGUCUCUGUGCAGACAAAUCACCACUGAUAACAACAAUAGCAACAAAAAACCCUGUUGCCUUCGAGUUGAUUCCAACUCACAGCGACCUUAUAGGGUAGAAUAAAACUGCCCCAUAGUUUCAAAGGAGUGUCUGUGGAUUCGAACUGCUGACCUUUUGGUCUUAACGACUGUGUAACCAGGGCUUCAAUUCCACAGCCUCCAGUUUCAAACACUCCAGCCACUGAUUUCAACUUGCCAUUUCCAGUUGGCCCAAGGCAAAGUGAUGAUGAAACAUUCAAAGUGAUAAAAUUUUGGUUUUCCUAUAUCCCCAUAAUAUUCUUUCCAGAAAAUUUUUAUCAUCUGCACCCAUCUUUAUGGAACCAAUGACUUCCCUUCCUCAAUCAUCCUCUCCCAAACUGUCAAAACAAAAGGAGCUGAGGUUCCCCUCAAAUCACUGGUUGAUGUUUUUCCUUAGUAUGAGUGAGUUUCUUAUACUACAUCAGCUAGUAUUUCUGUCAUAAGCCUUUUAUGUCUAGUUGGGGGAACAUAAGACUUUGCCUGCUGUUAAAGGAAUUUUAUGUCAGUAUUUGAGGAGAUACUUUUUGGAGGAAGGGCAUCAGCAAAAGAGAAGAGAAAAGUGGCUAUCAAGUGGCAGUGUACAGCCCUGAGAAGAAAGAGACUGAAACUUCCCAGGUUGCACUGCUGAAAUAAACCUAGAGAACAAGUAAAGGAAUAAGUGGUGCAUCUUCCAACCAACCUGCUACUUCCCAUAGGAAAAAUAAUUUGAAAUCAUGAAAUAUGAUAAAACUGACAAAAAGUAUAUUGCUUAUAUAUCUUUUGUAGGUAAGUAAACUGUAAAACCUGUCAUAUUUCCAUUCUGUAACAAAAUAAAAAUUGUAAAUCUCCUGUCAAGGUAGAAAAAAAAAAUUAAGACCAUUGGUAUAACUUGGCUGCCUACCUUGUUCACAUCAUGCCAACUUUGUGUCACCUGGACCAACUUAUUUCUUCAUGUUGACACAUGUGCAGUUCUCCAGGGCUAGGUUUACACAUUUCAUAUUUUUCCUUCAGUCACCAGACAUUUUACACGUUUGCCUGUGGUUUCCUUCUAGACCUAAACUGUCCUAUACAGUAACCAUUAGUCACAUGUAGCUACUUAAAUUUAAAUUAGAACUAAUUUAAAUUAAAUAACAUCUAAAAUUCAUUUCCUCAGCCACACUAGUCAUAUUUCAGCUGCUCAUUAACCGCAUGUGGCCAGUGGCUACUUUAUCAGACUGUGCAGAUAUAGAAUUUCCCAUUCUAAAAAGAAAGUGCUAUUGUGGUGUUGUUGAUAACUGGAAUAAUUUGAAAAUAAUAUGAAAACAAAAGUCUUUUUCUUUUCUCCCCAGCUUCUCCCCUGCUCCCAUCUUCUCUAUCUCACCCCCUUUCUACCACUACUUUUUCUCUUAAAACUGCUUCAGAAUUUCUGGGAGAAACUGAACAGGAUUCUCCAGUGUCUCUGAGUGUGAAGAAACUCCUAACUCUUACAACAAUGAUCCCAAAUUUGUUAUAUAGCUUACCCCAUCAAUGAAAAAAUCUUGAGCCACAAUCUCAGUAUUUAUGUAUAUAUUAUAUACAUGUACAUUACCAACCGUACACAAAAAGAACAUUUUUAAAGGAUGGAUUAAAUAGAAAAUAAACAUAUGAUAAAUUUAUCAGGCAUAGGUCAAUAGUUUAUUAUAAUGAAGAGUUCUCAUUAAGAUAGCAUUGUUGUUGUUAGACAGGCGCCAUUGAGUCAGCUCCAACUCGUAGCAACCCCAUGUAAAACAGAAUGAAACACCGUCCAGUCUUGCACCAUCCUCACAAUUGUUGUUAUACUUCAGCACAUUGUUGUAGCCACAGUGUCAAUUCUUCUCGUGGAGGGUCUUCCUCUUUUUUGCUGACCCUCUACUUUACCAAGCAUGCUAUCCUUCUCCAGGGAUUGGUCCCUCCUGAUAACAUGUCCAAAGUACAUGAGACUAUGUCUUGCCAUCCUUACUUCUAAGGAGUAUUUUGGCUGUACUUCUUCCAAGACAGAUUUAUUCAUCCUUCUGGCAGUCCAUGGUAUAAUCAAUAUUCUUCGCCGGCCCCAUAAUUCUGAGGCAUCAAUUCUUCUUCGGUCUUCCUUAUUCAAUGUCCAGCUUUCCCACGCAUACGAGGUGACCGAAAAUAUCAAGGCUUGGGUCAGGCACACCUCAGUCCUGAAAGUAACAUCUUUACUUUUUAACACUUUAAAGAGAUCUCUUGCAGCAGAUUUGCCCAGUGCAAUGUGUCUUUUGAUUUCUUGACUGCUGCUUCCAUGGGUGUUGAUUGUGAAUCCAAGUAAAAUGAAAUCCUUGACAACUUCAAUCUUUUCUCCAUUUAUCAUGAUGUUACUUAUUGGUCCAGUUGUGAGGAUUUUUGUUUUCUGUUGAGCUGUAAUCCAUACCGAAGGCUAUAGUCUUUGCUCCUCAUCAAUAAGUACUUCAAGUUCUCUUCAGUUUCAGCAAGCAAGGUUGUGUCAUCUGCAUAUCGCAGGUUGUUAAUGAGUCUACCUCGAAUCCUGAUGCCCUGUUCUUCUUCAUAUAAUCCAGCUGAUUGGAUUAUUUGCUUAGCAUACAGACUGGAUAAGUAUGUUGAAAGAUGCAGCCUAACUCACACCUUUCCUGACUUUAAAACACGCAGUAUCCCCUUGUUCUGUUUGAACGACUGCCUCUUGGUCUGUGUACAAGUUCCUCAGGAGCACAAUUAAGAGUUCUGGAGUUCACAUUCUUCCCAAUGUUGUCCAUAAUUUGCUAUGAUCCACACAGUCGAAUGCCUUUUUGCACAGUCCAUGAAACACAGGCAAAUAUCUUUCUGGUAUUCUUUGCUUUCAGCCAAGAUCCAUCUGACAUCAGCAAUAAUAUCCCUCUUUCCACGUCCUCUACUGAAUCCGGCUUGAAUUUCUGGCAGUUCCCUGUCAAUGUACUGCUGCAACCACUUUUGAAAGAUCUUCAGCAAAAUUUUGCUUGCAUGUGGUAUUAAUGAUAUUGUUUGACAAUUUCCACAUUCUGUAGGAUCAUCUCUCUUUGAAAUGGGCACAAAUAUGCACCUCUUCCAGUCAGUUAGCCAGGUAACUGUCUUCCAAAUUUCUUGGCAUAGAUGAAUGAGCACUUCCAGUGCUGCAUCCAUUUGUUGAAACAUCUCAAAUGGUAUUCCCUCAAUUCCUGGAGCCUUGAUUUAUGCCAAUGUCUUCAGUGCAACUUGGACUCCUUCCUUCCUUCAGUACCAUCAGUUCUUGAUCAUAUGCUACCACCUGAAAUGACUGAACGUUGACCAAUUCUUCUUGGUAGAGUGACUGUGUAUUCCUUCCAUCUUCUUUUGUUGCUUCAUGUAUCAGUUAAUAUUUUUGCUGUAGAAUCCUUCAAUAUUGCAACUCUAGGCUUGAAUUUUCAAUACAGUUUUUUCAGCUUGAGAAAUGCCAAGUGUCUUCUUCCCUUUUUGUUUUCUAACUCCAGGUUUUUGCACACUUCAUUAUUAUACUUUGUCUUCUCGAGCCAUCCCUUAAAAUCUUCUGUUCAGCUCUUUUACUUCAUCAUUUCUUCCAUAUGCUUUAGCUCCUCUAUAUUCAAGAGCAAGUUUCAAAGUCUCUUUCGACAUCCAUUUUGGUCUCUUCUUUCUUUCCUGUCUUUUUAAUGACCUCUUGCUUUCUUCAUGUCUGAUCUCCUUGAUGUCAUUCCACAAUUCAUCUGGUCUUCACUCAUUAGUUUUUAAUUUCUUCAACUGCUUUAUCUGUGUGUUCCUUGGCUUGUUCUGCAUAUUGCCUGAUUUUCUUUCUGAUGUCUUGAAGGGUUCUGUAUGUUAAUCUUUUGUAUUCUGCCUCCAGUAAUUCCAGGAAGGCACUUCCAUCUAGAAAAUCCCUUGAUUCUUUGUUUCGAGAGCUUGUUGAGGUGAUCAUGGUCUGUUUCUUUAUGUGACUUGAUAUUGACUGUUGUCUCCGAGCCAUCUAUAAGUUAUUGUAUUAGUUUAUUUUAUGUUUGCUUACUGUGUUGUAGCUUCUUGCUUUGUUUUGUUUUAAUAUGCCCAGAUGGAUUUCUUCAGUGAGCUAGCUUAAUUAUUUUUACCUUUGGAGCUCUGACGUCCUGUCACCACAUGGCUAGAGCUGUUAUCAGGUAUAUCAGUUUAGGAGUCCACUCACUUUUCUUAUAUGAGUUCAGCUUAUGUGUCCAGGUAGCUGAUCAUCAAGAGUGUGCAUAGGCUCUUUCCUACAGUCUUAGAGGGGCAGGGGCAGGGGCGAUUGGCGUAGGUACCAGUAUCUGUUUGCAGCAGGGUGUCAUGCUCUAAACAAGGCAGGGGGCUGAGAAUCAUCCCCCAAGUGUCUCUGAGGAAAGCGUGUCCCUGUUCCCUAGAGCGUACAAGUGGGUGGGUUCUGCAGAUGGACCAUAGGCACCCAAUAUUUUUGGUUGUAAGGACUGCGAGGUACCAGUUAUCUUUGGGCCCCUGUCACGGGUGUCUGGGUGAUCUGAGUGGAGCCACCAGUCCUUAGGCCCCUGAUGUGGGUAGGUGAGGACCCUGUUUAAUAGGCAAAGCAGUGUCAAACAUCAAACACCCAACUCUCCACUGCACAGCUGUAACAGUUGUAGUCUGCCAACAAGGGCCUAUUCUCCUGAGAUAGGCCCACACAGGUCCAUGCAGAGGGGAAAGGUACUCAAAGUUCAUGGACCAUUUAUGCCUGGACAGGAGUCGCUUCUGUCCUGAGCUCCCCUGGUUAGUGGAGCUGGCAAAUUAUCUUUUCCCCCAGUUGCAAAUUUAUUCCUUCUCCAAGGCCAGGAGGAUGCUCUAGGGGCUCAACGGGGCCUAUCUCAUGCCCAGGGAAAUCAGCCGCUGAAGCUGGCUUGAGGGUGUGGGGGUGCAGUAAAAUAUACGCAGGUACUUAGCUUUCACCGAGAGCGCCAUUCUUCUCUGGUUACUGAGGUGUAAUUAGGCUGUUUGGCUGGCUGCUUCUCCCUGAGGAAACUGUGAUCGAACGCUCGUAUACCAGCCCGCCACCACGGCUCAGGGAAUGGUGUCUGAGGGCUCCCUGUGAUUCAGGUCCGAUAACUCCUCUCUAUUUCUGAACCGUCUCUUCCUCUCCCUGCCCCUCAGUUCAUUUUCUAACCAUGCCUUUGAUGUUCAGGGCUCCUAGCUUGUCAUAAAUAUACUCGCUUCACUUGUUUUUUCAGAUCUUUCUUGUAAGAGGGCUCGCCGGAAGCAUCGGUCUAUUCUGCCGUCUUGGCCCCGCUUCCCCACUCAUUAGUGUUUAAUGAGCCGAAUCUAUUAUUGAGAUGGUCUCUAAAUCCAGGUGGAAUAUACUAAAAUUCAUACUUUGGCUCUUGUGAACUUGUUCUAAUUUUCUUCAGCUUCAACUUAAACUUGCACAUGAGCAAUUGACAGUCUGUUCCUCAAUCAGCCCAUGGCCUUGUUCUGAAUGAGGAUAUUGAGCGUUUUCAUCUUUUUUUCCACAGAUGUAGUCAAUCCGAUUCCUGUAUAUUCCAUCUGGUAAGGUCCAUGUGUAUAGUUGCCGUUUAUGUUGGUGAAAAGAAGGCAUUUGCAAUGAAGAAGUCGUCGAACUUGCAAAAUUCUGUCAUGUGAUCUCCAGCAUCAUUUCUAUCACCAAGGCCAUAUUUUCCAACUAGUGUUCCUUCUUCGUUUCCAACUUUCACAUUCCAAUCACCAGUAAUUAUCAAUGCAUCUUGAUUGCAUGUUUGGUCAAUUUCAGACAGCAGAAGUUGGUAAAAAUCUUCAAUUUCCUCAUCUUUGGCCUUAGAGGUUGGUGCAUAAAUUUGAAUAAUAAUCGUAUUAACUGGUCUUCUUUGAGGAGUAUGAAUAUUAUCCUGUCAUUGACAGUGUGGUACUUCAGGAUCAAUCUUGAAAUGUUCUUUUUGACAAUGAAUGCAAGUCCAUCCCUCUUCAAUUUAUCAUUCCCAGCACAGUAGACCAUAUGAUUGUCUGAAUCAAAAUGGCCAAUACCAGUCCAUUUCAGCUCACUAAUGCCUAUGCUCACUAAUGUUUAUGCAUUCCAUUUCAUUUUUGAUGACUUCUAAUUUUCCUAGAUUUAUACUUCGUACAUUUUAUGUUCUGAUUAUUAGUGGAUAUUUACAGCUCUUUCUUCUCAUUUUGAGUCAUGCCACAUCAGCAAAUCAAGGUCCCAGAAUCUUGACUCCAUCCAUGUCAUUAAGGUCAACUCUACUUUCUACUUUGAGUAGGCAGCCCUUCCCCAGUUGUAUUUUGAGUGCCUUCCAACCUGAGGGGCUCAUCCUCUGGUACUGUAUCAGACAAGGUUCUGUUACUAUCCAUAAGGUUUUCACUGGCUAAUUUUUUCAGAUACAGACUGCCAGGUCUUUCUUCUUAGUCUGUCUUAGUCUGGAAGCUCCACUGAAACCUGUCCAUCAUGGGUGAUCUUGCUGAUAUUUGAAAUUCUGGUGGCAUAGAUUCCAGCAUCACAGCAACAUGCAAGCUGCCACAGCACAACAAACUGACAGACAUGUCUGAAAGAUGGCAUUAGAAUACACUUACUAUUAAUAUUUUGAAUUCAGUGUAAUCUAGUUUUUUUUAAUUAGCAUAACACUAUGGGAAACAAUGAUUUGAAGGGCUGUUGCUUUCAACACUUGCUUUUGAUUAUUGUCAUAGCUUAAAAAAAAAAGUAAAAGUAGUAAGGACAUCGCUGCACGUAUUCUCCUAAAUUGUUAUAUUUAUUUUUCAGUCUCUUUCACCACCAUUAUGCAAAGAUUCUUGUUGACACUUGGCUAGUAAAUCACCAUGUUCCCUGAUGUUCUUGCAGACUAAUCAGAGGGUACCGUAUUUUCAUAUUUUUAACAAAAUAUUUCGGUUCAAAACCUACUGAUACACUUCAUUUGGAAGCUCUUCAAACAGCUCAACAAUUCUAUUCCCAAGUUUUCUUAAAUAUCACAGAAGAAGAGUUUAUAGAUGACCCAGUGUUGUGGAUUGAAUUGUGUCCCCCAAAAUACAUUGCAAAUCCUAAUCUCUGCCUGUGGUUAUAAUUCCAUUUGUGAAUGGAUUGUGUUUGGUAUGUAAUGAGGAAGGAUUAGUGUAAGUAGUAUCUUGAGUCAAUCUCUUUCGAGAUAUAAAAGAAAUUAAGCAAGCAAGUGAGUGAGCAGAGAUGGGUGGAAGAGAGAUGACAAGCCACAGGAAAAAUACACAGGAACAGAAGCUCAAGAGACAAGCACCUUCCUUCAGAGCAGAUAGAGAGAGAAAGCUUUCCCUUAGAGUUGGCACCCUGAAUUCCAACUUCUAGCCUCGUAACUGUGAGAAAAUUUCUGUUUGUUAAAGCCACCCAUUUGUGGUAUUUCUGUUAUAGCGGCACUAGAUAACUAAGACAUCCACUUAUAUUUCUUUCAUUAAUAAAAUAAUAAAACCAUGGAAACAUUUCACAUGUUCUGUCAGUAUAUUUUAUUCCAAGAAAAUAUUUAUUUUUGCCCUCACCACUGAAACAUCAUUUUCACUUUGAUGGUACAGAUUUUUGUUUGUUUGUUUAAUUUAGGUGAAAGUUUACAGAGUAAAUUAGUUUCUCGUUAAACAGUUAAGACACAAAUUGUUUUGCAACGUUGGUUGCCAGCCCUGUGACGUGUCAACACUCUCCACUUCUCCACCCCAAGUUCUCUAUUUCCAUUCGUCCAGUUCUCCUGUCCCUUCCUGCCUUCUCAUCUUGGGUUUUGGGCUGGUCAGCUCAUUAGUCUCAGAUGCAUGACUGAGCUGCGAAGCACAUUCCUCACGUGUUAUUGUUGGCCCUAUAGACAUGUCUAAUCUUUCACUGAAAGGUCAACCUCAGGAGUGACUUCAGUACCAAGUUAAAAGGGUGUCAGGGGUCAUACUCUUUGGGUUUCUCUAGUCUCUGCCAGAUCAGCAGUGCAGAUUGUUUUUUCUAUUAUUAUAAAUAUUUUUAUGAUAAGCAUUUUCAAACAUAUAGAAAAGGUGGAAAAUGAUCUCCCAUAAUACCCAUUGUUGUUAGGUGCCAUCGAGUCAGUUCCAACUCAUAUUGACCCUAUGUACCACAGAACGAAACACUGCCCAGUCGUGCACCAUGCUCACAAUCGUUGUUAUGCUUGAGCCCAUUGUUGCAGCCACUGUGUCAGACCAUCUCGUUGAGGGUCUUCCUCUUUUCUGCUGACCCUGUACUUUACCAGGCAUGAUGUCCAUCUCCAGAGACUGAUCCCUCCUGACAACAUGUCCAAAGUAUAUAAGAUGCGGUCUUGCCAUCCUGGCUUCUAAGGAGCAUUCUGGUAGUACUUCUUCAAAGACAAUGAUACCCAUUACCUAGACUUAACAAUUCUUAACAUUUUCCAGAUUUGCUUCAUCUGAAUUUUUUGCCAAGUCCCUGGAUGGUGCAAAUGGUUAAGUACUUGACUAUGACCUGAGAGGCUGGCAGCUCAAACCCACCCAGAGGCACCUUAGAAGACAGUCCUGGUGAUCUGCUUCCAAAAGGUCACAGACUUGAAAACCCUAUGGAGCAGUUCUACUCUGCAUACAUGGGGCCACCAUGAGUCAGAAUUAAUUUGAUGACAACUAACAACAACAAACUUUUGUUAGAGAGUUAUUAAUAAAUUUCAGACAUUAAGAUAUUUCCCCUCAAAAUACUUUCAUGUGCACCUCUGAAAAUAAGGACUUUUUCUUAUUUAACCACUACACCAUUAUCACAAAUAACAAAAUGAAUAAUAAUUCCUUUAUAUCAUCUAUUACCCAAUCUAUAUUCAAGUUUCCCCAAUUUUUGCUGAAAUGUCUUCUGCAGUUGGUUUGUUUAAGCCAAGAUCCACAUCAGGACCACACAUGGCAGUUGCUUGUUAGGUCUCUCAAGUCCCUUUUAAUCCAAAAACAACUGGGAGCCGGCCCCUGUUCUGUCUGCAGCAGUAAGUUCAGGAAUUUGUCUGGCUGCAUUAGCCUGGAGAGUCUGAGGGGACAAAGAAGGCUGUGUUCAUGUCUGAAAGUACUGGGACCUGUAAUAAUACUGUAUAUCAUAAACUGGGAGAGUGAGGAGGUGCUGCUGGCCCAAGUACAGAACUUACCUAUAUGUCUGGAGUGGAGAGACAGUUAGGCUUCCAGAAUUUUGAUGGAAUCCUCACCUGUUCACAUGUUACCCCACCCUGAGAAAAGAUUUAGUGCACGAGUUAGCACCUCUGUGUGGCCUUCUCAAGGCUCCUAAUGUCUUUGCAGUGACUCCUGGCUGUGCCAACAUUCAAAAAUG